AGCGCCGCGCGGAGCCCCCGGCGUGCUCAGUCCUGCCCUCCGAAGUGGAGAUGCGCAAGAGGCCGGCCAGGGCGCGCCGCUCGUGAGAAGCCGCGCCAGCCGGCACCAUGCGCCUGCGGCCGCUGCCCCUCGUGGUGGUCCCCGGCUUGCUGCAGCUGCUUUUUUGUGAGAGUAAAGAAGUGGUGCAUGCCACAGAGGGGCUGGAUUGGGAAGACAAAGAUGCUCCGGGGACACUGGUCGGCAAUGUGGUGCACUCAAGGAUCAUUAGUCCUCUGCGCCUGUUUGUUAAACAGUCUCCUGUGCCCAAGCCUGGUCCCAUGGCAUAUGCAGACAGCAUGGAAAACUUUUGGGAUUGGCUGGCCAACAUCACGGAGAUUCAGGAGCCAUUGGCGAGAACUAAACGGAGGCCAAUAGUCAAAACAGGAAAAUUUAAGAAAAUGUUUGGAUGGGGUGACUUUCAUUCCAACAUUAAAACUGUCAAGCUCAACCUUCUCAUCACAGGGAAAAUUGUCGACCAUGGAAAUGGAACCUUCAGUGUUUAUUUCCGACAUAAUUCAACAGGCCUGGGCAAUGUUUCAGUGAGCUUGGUACCCCCUUCAAAGGUGGUGGAAUUUGAAGUUUCCCCCCAAUCUACACUGGAGACCAAGGAAUCCAAAUCUUUCAAUUGUCGCAUUGAGUAUGAAAAAACAGAUCGGGCGAAGAAGACCGCCCUGUGCAACUUUGACCCAUCCAAGAUCUGCUACCAGGAGCAGACUCAGAGCCAUGUGUCUUGGUUGUGCUCCAAACCCUUCAAGGUCAUUUGCAUUUACAUUGCCUUUUACAGUGUUGAUUAUAAACUCGUGCAAAAAGUCUGUCCAGACUACAAUUACCAUAGUGAGACCCCAUACUUAUCGUCUGGCUAAUCUUUCCACAGUGAUGGAAACGAGGGACAUAUAGAUGUAUAGAUAUAUAUAUUUAAUUAGGAUGACCAAGAAACAAGCCCAGCUCUUCAUGAUAAAUGAUCCCUUUCGUUUCUGGCAGUGAACUUUAGUUCCCCAUCAGGUUUUCAAAUUAAAAAAAAAGAAAAAGAAACAUCUUCAAAUGUGAAAUGUGUGUGUUUCAAUCAUAAAUACCUUUAUCUAAAGAGUCAAACUGUUUAUGAAACCAUCACUUUCAUGUAAGAUGGCUAAGUUCUAGAAAUAUUAUUGUUUCUCUAAAAGAAGUAUCAAUGGUAGCUAUGCGUGACAAGAAGAAACCGAAUUAUGCAUGUGAUAAACAUUGCUCUUGAAAUGAGCCUGCCUUUGAAAUAUGUUUUGGAAGGUUACCUUAGUAGCAGAUUCAGUAAAAGAACUGAAAAGAUUAUAUUGGAUAGGUGAAUUGUGUUUCUGACAUUGGACUUUUUUUUUUAUUGCUCUUUCCCGACAUCUGUGCUGUUAUUGAUAUGAGAGAUGAAAGGGUAAAAUUUGUUUCAGAACUCGUGUGUGAAGUUACAGUGUCACAGUGGAACCAAGUUCAUUAUCAUCUGAGCUAGAGUUGGGUGGAAUGUGAUUUAAGCAGUUAGCCCUGUGUUGGUCACCAUCCUUAUGAUUUUCCCCUGUGUCAUAACACUGGUGUAUCAGGAAAGCAAAUCUGGGUAUGAGACAACUUAAUAAUAAUGAAGAUCAUGAUAUGUGUAGACUCUUCCGCCAAAUUUAAUGCUGUGAGAUUAUCAAAAGUGACAUAAAAUUUGUAUUCACCCUACAGCUUGGAACUUCAUUCUCUUCACUCGAUAGUGUGAUUUUACAGACAAAUGUAGACCAACUCUGAAGUUGGGAGAAAGUGAUUGUUUCCUAGGCUAGUAUGGAAAAAAACUAGGAGUGGAGGAAGGAAAUUUCGGGAUAUAGAUUUAUUAUUUCUAGCCUCCCAGAUUAAGUUCUCUUUGUGUUUAGUUAAUUAUUUGAAUGAAGGAUCAAACUCUGUGGAAAUAACGAGUUAUAUUUAAGCAUUUCUAUUUUUAAUUAUUAAGUGUUGACAACUAAGAUACCUGGCUCACCUGGCUUUUGAAAUUACUUCCAAAUUAAUGUCACUUCACAAUCGGUACCCUUCUCAUCUUCUCUGAGGGUGUGACCGGCAGUCCUGUAUGGUAUCACUGGAUGAUCAUUGAACAGAAGGAGUGUCUGGUCGGCCAGUAAAAAGGUUUCUAGAACUCAGGACCCUUGUGAAAUAGUCACUCGUUUUACAACAGAGAUGAACUUCUUUCUCCCUUCUUAUCUGUAAAAUAUCAAUUAAAGUAAAACAUUAAAUUGAAGGCUAAAGGAAGCUAAGUCCUAACCCACAAAAAUGUUCUUACCACACUGACCAAAAAAUCAAGAGCUCUGUUCUCUAUUUUACAUCUCCAUUCCUUUUCUUUUACUGGUAAUAUCUGCAGUGUUCAGUUUUUGUCUUUUGUAAAAAUUGUACUAGGUUUAAUGUGUGGUAGUACAGGCUUGAAGUUUUUGCUCUGAGUUCAUCAGGUGCUUUUGUAAUUUUGUGGUCAGUGAGUAAUAUUUUGAGACAUCUUUUUAUUUUCAUCUAUAAACAAGAGUAAAAUAUUAUUUAUUAUAAGAUAUAUGGGAACCAUAUGUGUAUAUAUAUUUAGAAUUUUCUGUGUACAGAGAAAAUAUGUGUACACAUUUCUAUGUAAAUAAAAAGAAUUUGCUAGAUCUGUCA